AUGACUGACAUGAUUUAAAGACUCUUCAGUAUAGACACUAUGGUAUCAAAGAGAUUCCGAUGGGUGGCUACUUGUUGACUAUAUUAUGGCUCUGGGUUGUGCAUUGCUGCACUCUCAAGUGUUGGCAGUUGAGCCAAAAUGGACUCUAGUGAAUUCGAAUCAUGACUAAGAACAGAAAGAUUAUUUGCUUCACAAUUGAUGUUCAAAAGGCCUAUCGUAGUACGGUAGAAGCCAUCAUAUUUGUAAAAAGAAAUGGAUUAUCUUGUACAACACAAUAGGGUGCUUAUGUACUUCUCGAUACAGCAGAUUUAGACUUGAGAACUUUGUUAUUUUCGACAAGCUUGACUUCUGUUAGUCGCUGAUUUUCUUUGUCUUUGUUACCAAGCACUAAAAGACCGUUAUGGUGCCAAUGUCAUUCUCUUUGAUCAAAUUCAAACUCAAACACCCUGGUAUCUUUGUUUCAUUGUGCCUCUAUAUUCUUGUGCUUUUGUGCAACAGAAGCUUUCGGGCAAGCCGAGGUCUGCCAAAUGGAUCAGCACCUGUUACCCCCCAAGUGAAUGGGACAAAGAGGAGGCCAAGCACUCUGGUCUGGAGUACUUUGUCCACAACUACCUGAAUCGAGUGCGCUUCUAUGACGUCAUGAAAUCGAUGCCUAAGGACUCUCUAGUUAUUGAGAUUGCCCCCCACAGUCUGCUUCAGGGCCUUAUCAAGCGUACGUUCGGCCCCGACUGUGUUUACGCGUCACUCAUGAAAAAGAACAGCCCGGAUAACGUCAUGCACUUCUUUGAGAACCUUGGCAACAUGUACAUCAACGGCUGUGACAUGCGUCCCUUGAGUAUCUUCCCUGAAGUGAAGUUCCCAGUGCCCCAGAAGACUCCGCUCAUCUCUCCCAUGAUUUCCAAACAGUGGAACCACACGGAGGUGUUCAGAAUUCCACACAUCAACGACAUUUCCGGCAAUGGGAGCGACGCCUCUGAAACUGUGUUUGACUUAACAGAAGAUGGAGAUGCCAGAUACUUGUUUGGACAUGGGCUGAAUGGCGUGAAACUGUUCCCUGGAAGUGGCUACCUGUACCUCGCCUGGGAGGCUCUGGCUGCACAGCACGGCACAACAUUUGACAAACUCCCAGUCAUCAUGGAGAAUGUGUCAAUCUUUCGGGCCACCACGUUGCCUGAGAACGGUAAACUGACGUUCACAUGUCGUCUGCUACGCACUGGGGAGUUUGAGGUGACAGAGAACAACGAGCUGGUUGCCACCGGCAAAAUCUGUCUAGCUUCUGAGGCACCCAAGAUCAAGAAUGAGAUGAAGGAACUGGACGAGAAAAUUAGCUCGCAACGCAACAGCAAGAAGGCUGACUUUCCUUUGACUCGAGAUGAGCUCUACUUGGUUAUGUUGAUGAAAGGACUGGAGUAUGGUGGCCCUUUCCGUGGCAUGGCUAGCACAGACAGACAGGUGGCCAAUAUUGACUUCAAAGGUCAGUGGGUUGCCUUCCUGGACUGUUUCCUGCAGUUUGCCGUCUUCAGUCAGAAAUCUGAGAAGCAUGUGGUACCCUUCGCGUUCGAUGCUUUGUAUCUGGACGCAUCUCACAUCGUAGAGCAGCAGCAAGCUGGAGUGGAGACACCAGUGUCCCAGAUGCGCUUUGAUCUUGACAUGGACUAUGGCACCAGCGAGGUGUUCAAGUUUAUGGGAUUUGGCCUGGUGGACACACAACACAGCCCAUCCGGGAAUCCACUUCUGGAGGAGGUCAGGUUUGUGCCAUAUCUGGCCAACAUCCCCGUGGCUACUGAUAAAAGUCUUAGUCAAUACGCCACCGACUGCAUACAAUACACAGUGCAUGGUCUGAAGAACGCUCUGAAGAGUGGCAACUUCCCGCUUCUCUCAGGCAACAAAGAUGUUGUCUCUGAUGCCCUGAAAGAGUUCCGUUUCACAGCUGCGAUGUCUUCUGACGAGGACCUGUCACAGGCCUGCCAGCUUCCCAACUCCGGGUUGGCCAAAACUUUAAAGAAAAUUUUCCCUCCAGCCGGAACAAGCACAGACCCUGGAGCUGUGAAUGAGAUUCUGACGUCCAACAAAGAAGAACUGAGUCGAGACCGCCUUAUAGAUAAUCUCAGCUCUACAGACAUCCUGGAUGCUGCGUUGGAAAUAGUCAAGUACAACUUCCCUGACGGCAAGCACACCGUGUUAGAAGUGGACGCAGCCAGUAGCAGGAUACACAUUGUGCCACGUCUGCAGGUGCGCAGUGGCAUCAACUACACAGCCACAGACAAAGACGAUCUGCCCAAGGACUUCAAAGGCCCUGGCAUGAAGGCAGUCACGUGGGACCCAGCUAGUGGUGGAUCCAGCCCCAGUGUCGAGGCCACGCUGUUGGUGCUCAAGAAUGUGCUGCAUAAACAGGCCAACGUGGUGAGUGCUUUUACAGAUCUGGCCAACAAUGUUGUGCCCGGUGGGUUCAUCCUGGUGCAAGAAGUAACGCACAACUUCCCGCUCUUUGUAGCCCUGGAGGGUUUACACCAAAACGUUACUCUGCCCACCACCAACGGCACUCGAGAGUACGGGCGCUUCAUGACCGACAGGUGA